CGGGAACCCCGGGCGAGGACAUCGACGGGGCCGAGCCCGCGAGCGCGAGGGGAUCCCGCGAUUCGUUCUGCUGGGCCCCGACGGGCGGGCACGCUGCUCGGGGCUCUCCUACUGACUACCCGUGUCCCUCUUAGUAGCCUCACCAUGUCCUCUGUGUUUGGGAAGCCGCGCGCGGGCAGCGGGCCGCAGAGCGCGCCACUUGAGGUCAAUCUGGCCAUUCUGGGACGUCGAGGGGCCGGCAAGUCCGCUCUGACUGUGAAGUUUCUGACCAGGAGGUUUAUCAGCGAAUAUGACCCCAACUUGGAGGACACCUACAGCUCCGAGGAGACAGUAGACCACCAGCCUGUCCACCUGAGGGUCAUGGAUACUGCAGACCCGGACACCCCCAGAAACUGUGAGCGCUACCUGAACUGGGCCCACGCCUUCCUGGUGGUAUACAGCAUGGACAGCCGCCAGAGUUUCGAGGACAGCAGCAGCUACCUGGAGCUGCUUGCUCUGCACGCCAAGGAGACCCAACGCAGCUCCCCAGCCCUGCUGCUGGGCAACAAGCUGGACAUGGCCCAGUAUAGGCAGGUCACCAAGGCAGAGGGCGCAGCCUUGGCAGGCAAGUUCGGGUGCCUGUUUUUCGAGGUCUCAGCCUGUCUGGACUUUGAGCACGUGCAGCAUGUCUUCCACGAGGCCGUGCGGGAGGCACGGCGGGAGCUGGAGAAGCAUUCCCUGGCCCGGCCCCUUUUCAUCUCUGAGGAGAGGGCCCUGCCCCACCAGGCCCCGGUCACCGCCCGUCAUGGGCUGGCCAGCUGUACCUUCAACACGCUUUCUACCAUCAGUCUGAAGGAGAUGCCUGCUGUGGCCCAGGCCAAGCUGGUCACUGUGAAGUCAUCCCGAGCCCAGAGCAAGCGCAAGGCGCCCACCCUGACCCUGUUGAAGGGCUUCAAGAUCUUCUGAGGGCACCCGUCAGGAUCCCAGGCUCAGGAGCUGGGCGAGGCUGCAUGACAGGGGCUGGCUUCUCACCACCGCCUCUCCCUCUGUCGGAAGAAUAGUCCUUGCCCUCUGGUGGACAGCUGACCCCUCUUCCAGCACCAAGUAAUGUCCCGGACACCCAGUUCACUGUGUGAGCUGGAGAGACAGGCAGGAAUGCUGCUCUUCCUCACUCCAGGCUUUGGUUUCCAUGGUAACCGCUGCAUUUCCUGACCCCCGAGGGGAAAUAGCCCCUGAGACAACCCAGAGACCUGGGGUCAGCCUGAAGUGGGAGGAAAUUACAGUGUCCAUCAUGGUGCCAUCACCCCUUCCUGCUCCAGCUGCAGCCAGAUGUGGCCCCUAGUGUGCAGUUCUGGAUGGUCCGUCAGCGUUGGCCUGAGAACAUGCCUCAGGAGGAGCAGCCCUGAGAUCCUAGCACCACUUAGUGGACAGGAAGGGCAAAGCGGCUACAGGUUGGUGGGGGUGUGGCUUGAGCCCGGCCCUGCUGUAGUCCUCUGACUUCACAGAAGCCCCAGGCAACAAACCUCACAGUUUAUCCAAGUAGAGUCUAGUUCAAAUAAUCCUAUGCGACAGGCUAUGGAACCAAAAUUCCCAGGAAGGGCUACUUCCAGUACUUUGCCUUUCAGUGAGGACUGGGGGCUUUGGGGUAGGGAGCUUCCAGUGUGUUUUUCCCCAGAGACAGGACCCCCUUAUUUUCCCAUCUUAAAUGAAGGACUCUCUCCACAGACCUUCAGAACCAGCCUCCUGAAGUCUAAUGAUCAGAGCUGCAGAACGAAGUCAUUCUAGUGACCGGCACCCAGGACUCCCGGGAGCCUACAACUGGGGUUAUCAGACUCCCAGUUGGCACUGUCAGCCUGCCCCAGGCUUGUAGGUAGAAACACAGUACACCAUCUGUAGUCUGGUCUAGCCGGACCCAGUAGCAGGACACUUUGACAGGGGGUCUGAAUGUUCAGAGUUCACUUUUGAAAGAUAGAAGCUAAGGCAUUUGAGGUUCAUACAGCAGGGGUUUUUUGCAUACAUUAUUUGGGGUCACCGCCACAGCUGAUAGAAAAACACUGUGGCUCAGACACAGGAUUGGGACACUCUCUUGGGAUCCCAUUAUUAGUACAGGAUCUAUAGUGUUCUAACUCUAUUUACCUUGGGGCCCCUGGCCCCAAGGAAAUCUCUCCUGGACCCAGGAGAUAAGCAGGUAAAUGGGAGGGCUCUGCUAGGAGGAGAGGAUGGGAAGGGGAUUCUAAGCCCGGAACCCUGCUCUUGGCAAUUCUAGGACCUUGGAUUAAGAACAACAGCUCUAACCCAGACUUUAGCCCCAUUCUGUGGAUGGAGAAGCUGAGGUCAGAGGGAGGCUGUGAACCCCUCAAGACCACAUGAGGAGUCCUAGCCAGGUUUCCAGACCCACAGGCUGGCUAUGGAUUUAACACUCUUGCUCCAAGCCGCUUGUGUUGGAACACCACUGUUUGAACAAACUAUGCAAUUCCAAAUGCCUACUUCCAGAAGCAUUUUAAUAAAAAGCAGGU